AUGAACGAUAAGACUGGUGCAAAGGAACUGACCGAGGCAUUGAAACAGCGUCUAAAAUUGCCAGACUGUUCGUCUAAAGGUUACAUUCUAGUCGGGUUUCCCCAAAAUGAGGCUCAAGCAAAAGCCAUGCGUUGGGAAGGAAUUUUCCCAGAUUAUGCAAUAUUUUUACGAGCACCUAUGGAUGUUCUGAUCGAGCGAACCGGAGGAAAACGUCUGGAUCCGGUCACAAAUGAACUCUAUCACCUGGUCACCAAACCACCACCGGAUGUGCAAACUGAAAGACGACUGAUCCCGUUGCCAGACUUUUCCCCGGAAAAGACAAAACGUUUGAUAGAACAAUUCGAACGGGACGGGGUUCUACUCCGACAGAUUUACGCUCCCGUGGCAUGGGAUGUGAAUUGUGAUCAACCUGUAUCGGACGUGUUCACCACUAUUCUAUCGUGGGUGACACAACCAGCCAGAGAUCUCGGUUUGCGUACACCCAGGAUCAUUCUGUUAGGCUUUACCGGAUCUGGUCGAAAAACACAGGCGAAACUAUUGGCUCAAAAAUAUGGCCUAAUACCGAUCGAUUGUGGACUAUUGAUUAAAACGGAGAUCCAAAAUGGUUCAUUGCUGGGCAAAGCAAUGAAAAGUUAUGUGGCGAAGAAAAUUCCCGUUCCCGAUGCGAUUCUGAUCGAAGUGAUCAAAGGUCGUUUGACCCAGCCAGACUGUACUACCCGCGGUUGGAUAUUGCACGGCUAUCCGAGGACAAGACAACAAGCUGAAAUGCUGGACGCCGAAGGAUUGGCUCCAAACCGGGUGGUCGGAAUGAAUAUUGCCCAAGUGUGUGCGGCUGAACGGAUUACUGGACGUCGAAUUGAUCCAGUCACCGGUGUCCGAUUUCACGUGGCUUAUCGACCAAAAGAGGAAUCGGAUAUAUCGGAUCGAAGUUUACAGCAUCCACAAGAUGUGGAUUGUGUGGUCGCGUCUAAACUGGCUCGCUUUGCGGCACAUCGGGACGAGUUGUAUGAAUAUUAUGAGCCCGUGCUGAUUCACGUACACGCUAACCUAGAUGCACACACGGUCUUUGAGGAGAUCGAAUCGGGUUUGGUCAACCCAUUGCCAAGAUCGGUGUGA